ACUAGUAGUCUCUCUGGUGAGCUUGUGAUUUUGUUCUCAAUUUUGUGGCAAAAUAGCGACUUCUUUCCUCACAAAACCCCUCACAAUUGUCGCAGUGGACACCAAGGAGUGUAAAUAUCGUGCAGAAAGCGUGCUCCCGUCAGCGUGGCGUGAUCUUUGGGUGAGUUUUUGCGCGACCAAUGACUUGAGCCUCGCACCAUUUCCGUAUUUCAGGCGCUGAGGAACAGGUUGUGACUGGUUUGUCUUCGGCUGCUGUGAUUCCGUGCUCCUUCCACAACAUCCCAUCCGUCGUGCACAAGUACAAGACAAGACAAGAUUGGACAAGAUGUCGAGACAGAGUUCUUUAGGAUCGACUGGCUUGAAGCCAAUAAAUCUAGAAGAGAUUUGGACUGACCUGGAGGAUGGCAUCAACCAGAUCUACCUGCGAGAACGCAACUUGAUCAUCAAGCGUUAUAUGGAGCUUUACACACAUGUCUACAAUUACUGCACCAGCGUGCAUCAGCAGACUGGGCAUGGCCAGGUGGGGCGGACGGCGGUGUCGGCGAAGGUGGCGAAGAAGGGCACGGGCACAGGAUCGACUGGAGGCGCUCAGUUGGUGGGACAGGAGCUGUAUAAGCGGCUCAAGGAGUUUCUGGAGCACUACCUGAAGAACCUGCUGAAGAGUGGCGCCGAUCUGAUUGACGAGGGCGUGCUCACGUUCUACACGAAGCAGUGGGAGGAGUAUCAGUUCUCCAGCAAGGUGCUGAACGGCGUGUGCGCGUAUCUGAACAGGCACUGGGUGCGGCGGGAGUGCGAGGAGGGCCGCAAGGACAUCUACGAGAUCUAUCAGCUGGCGCUGGUGAUAUGGAGGGGCAUUUUGUUCAAGGAUCUGAACAAGCAGGUGACGAAUGCCGUGCUGAAGCUGAUCGAUCGGGAGCGCAAUGGUGAGACCAUCAACUCUCGCCUGGUGUCUGGUGUGAUAAAUUGCUACGUGGAACUGGGUCUCAAUGAGGAUGAUCCCAGUGCCAAGGGGCAGAAUUUAUCAGUGUACAAGGAGAGCUUCGAGAACAUCUUCCUGGAGGACGCGGAGAGGUUCUACAAUCGCGAGAGCACGGACUUUCUCAGGCAGAAUCCGGUGACGGAGUACAUGAAGCGCGUGGAGCAGAGGCUGAAUGAGGAGCAGAAGAGGGUGCAGGUGUAUUUGCAUGAGAGCACACUCGAUCGUCUGGCCAAGACGUGCGAACGUGUGCUGAUCCAGAAGCACCUGGAGAUCUUCCGCACGGAGUUCCAGAAUUUGCUCGAUGCGGAUAAGAACGCAGACUUGGGCAGAAUGUAUUCGCUGGUGGCGCGGAUUGAGUCCAACAUUGGGCUGUCGGAGCUGAAGCAGAUCCUGGAGGUGCACAUUCACAAUCAGGGCCUGGCGGCGAUUGGGAAGUGCGGCGAGGCGGCCGCCAAUGACCCGAAGGUGUAUGUGCAGACGUUGCUGGAGGUGCACAAGAAGUACAAUGCGCUUGUGUUGACGGCGUUCAACAAUGACAAGGGCUUCGUGGCGGCGCUGGACAAGGCGUGCGGCAAGUUCAUCAACACGAAUGCCGUGACGACGGCGAGCAAGAGCUCCAGCAAGAGUCCAGAACUGCUGGCCAAGUACUGUGAUCUGCUGCUGAAAAAGUCCAGCAAGAAUCCAGAGGAGGCGGAGCUCGAGGACACGCUGAAUCAGGUGAUGGUGGUGUUCAAGUACAUUGAGGACAAGGAUGUGUUCCAGAAGUUCUACAGCAAGAUGUUGGCGAAGCGAUUGGUGCACCACAUGAGCGCCAGCGAUGACGCCGAGGCGUCCAUGAUCUCAAAGCUGAAGCAGGCGUGCGGCUUCGAGUACACUAGCAAGCUGCAGCGGAUGUUCCAGGACAUUGGUGUGUCGAAGGAUCUCAAUGAGCAGUUCAGGCAGCACUUGGUCACCAAUAAGCUGCUGAAUGAGAUUGACUUCAGUAUUCAAGUGUUGUCUAGUGGAUCAUGGCCAUUCACACAGAGUUUCACUUUUUCACUGCCAUCCGAGUUGGAACGCUCAGUACAAAGAUUCAACAAUUUCUACGCUGGCCUGCACUCUGGCCGGAAGCUGAACUGGCUCUACAACAUGUGCAAGGGUGAUUUGACAACGAAUUGCUUCAAGAAUCGCUACACACUGCAGGCCAGCACCUUCCAGAUGGCCGUGCUGUUGCAGUUCAACGAACAGACGAGCCUCACGGUGCAGCAGCUCGGCGACAAUACAGGAAUCAACCAGGAGCACCUCGUGCAAGUGCUGCAGAUUCUUCUCAAGGUGAAACUCCUCACUUGCGCCGAUGACGAGACGAAUCUCAACAAUGACUCGCUCAUUGAGCUGCACAUGGGCUUCAAGAACAAAAAGCUGCGCAUCAACAUCAACUUCCCACUGAAGACGGAACUCAAGGUGGAACAGGAGGUGACACACAAGUACAUCGAGGAUGACAGGAAGAUUCUUAUCCAGGCAGCUAUUGUGAGGAUCAUGAAGAUGCGCAAGAAGCUCAAUCACACACAGCUCGUGGCUGAAGUACUCAAUCAACUAUCCACUAGGUUUAAGCCAAAGGUUCCGGUUAUUAAGAAGUGCAUUGACAUCCUGAUUGAGAAGGAAUAUCUGGAGAGGAUGGAAGGCUCAAAGGACACAUACAGCUAUUUAGCGUGAAGGCAUGCAAUCCAUUCAAUGAUGAUGAUGAUGGAAUUCAAUGGCAGAAAUGCACGCGCGCGCGAUUGUCUCAAGUUUGGACAAUGAGCAGUCCUUUUGCGGUGACUUUUAAUUAAAUUAAAAUGAGAUUGAUAAAUUACAAUGAUAGGUAAAUCUAAAUUCAUGUUCUGUUUCUCAUUUUUUUCUGUUUAAACGAUUCAUUUAGUUAUACUUGUCCUCUUUUUUGUAAUCGACGUUGUAAAAAUCAUUAAAUCUUUUACUUAGUGUAAAAUGAGAA